CCCACGUCUUGAAGCCGCACCCCUCGUCUGAUUGUCUUGUGCUCAGUAUGGAUUCUCCAAGUCAUUUGGUGUCCGGCAGGAAAUCAGCUCAGUCGCAGUAGUCGACGGCAUAGGCCACGCGUGACUAUCUGCUGUCAAAUUGCCCUGCCCAGUGUAGAUCAAUGGAGAACACUGCCAACGCUCCGUCUCCACCUCGUAAGAGCGCGUCGUCCCCUGCCAAGACGACGGGGAAGACGCUCACUCUUGCUGCAGCAAUUGCUCAACAGAAGAACAAAGCGCCGAAUCAGAGUCAAAUCCAGACGCCUCCUACUGCAGAUGCCGAUGGAUCGGAGCCACCACGCUCGCUACCGUCCAUGUUGUUUCCUGCGCAACCCGCUCAGUCCGCGGUUGACCCGCCCGCUGCCAUUAGGAGGAGUAAGAGCGAGAAACCUAAGCGUGGAGUUAAGGAGGCUGCCAAGGACGCGGCGCCCACGAUUCCAGCUGACGACGGCUUGGCUAAGAUCCACCUGACCGACCCAUCGCGUCUCUCAGACAUGACGGAGCGCAUGAAACCCAAGCUUAAAGUGUCGGAGAGCGGGCGCUUCGAGGAUCAAUUCUACCACGCGCAUGACGGUAGUAAAGCCAUGGCCAGACUGCGCAAGCGUGCGUAUCAAAAGAACAGGACGGUGCACAUGAGUGGCAACGACGUGGAGCAGUUCUCAGACGCUGACAUCAUCACUAGCGGCUAUUUGGUCAAGCAGGGCUCGUUCUGGAAGUCGUGGAGACGCCGCUUCUUCAUCUUGAGACGUGACCGCCCUGUGCUCUGCUACUACACGUCAGCUGAGGAGCUUGCCAAGCUGGGAGAGAUCGCAAUCGAUGAGAACACGAGAGUGCAGCCCACUCCAAAAGACGGGUUCCCAUUCAGAUUCACCAUUGAGAACGAAGGACGCAAGCUCACGCUGUUCGCAGAGCAAGGAGAGGAGAGCAUGGAGGCCUGGAUCUCGUGUAUCAACGGCUGCAUCACGCAACGUGUGAGAUCGACAUCUCGUGCGACGAUGAAUGGGUCGUUUGACCGCCGAACGGAAGGCGGAUCGUUCCGUACGGAGCUCCAAGCUCGUAUCUCGGAGAGUACACCCAUGCUAGACGAUCUCAAUGUGGAUCGUGCUAGUUUCUCACGUAUGGAGAGUCCGCAUAUCGCCAGUGGCAUGAACGCUAUGAAGCGCUUCUCGACGGACUCGACUGUGAUCCAACAAGCUGCCAACGACUCCCGAUCUGUGCGAGAGAACGAGGAAAAGCAAAAACAGAAGACGAAGAAGUCCAGACAGCAGCAAAGCUCUCAUCUGGCUAGCACAGCCUCUGCUCGCUUGGAUGCGACCAAGACUAAACCCCGACUGUACCGGUCUUCAAGCGCCGGGUCCAUUCUCACGCAGUCUGCGUCGUUUACCGUUGCGCCUCGUGCAUAUGACGACAAUGGACUGUCAACGAUGCACUCUCCAGCCCAUUCAGAGAGUGAGAUCCAAGUGACGCAAAUUCCGUCCAAUUCUCCUCGUGCUCCAAGUCUCAGUUUACCUGGUUUCAAGCCUCGUCCAAGUGUGGAGUUGGCUGUUUCCAUUGGCAGCAAGGCUGUUCAGGAUGUGCCUCAGAUGCUGGUGGUUUUGUUCAAUAUCCGCCAAGGACAACGACCAGAGGAGAUCUCACGGACGGAGAUACGGAGCUCGCUGUCGCUUCGAUCGUGUGGUGGAGACUUUUACGCACGUGAUUUCAAUGCCUUGCUAUCUGUUCCACGUUCAGCACGCUCAAUGCUGCAGGUUGAAGUUUUCUCAGUGGUGAACCCUUCUUCAGAGUCGCUGGAGAACCAAAAAUCGCUCGGGUUUGUGCGAGUUUCGGCUCUGGAUGUUCUGUUCUCGAGGGAGUCUUCGAUGCUGCUUGAAUGUCAUCGAACAGAUGCAUCCAAACAGCUUUACUAUAUUAUUCUGGAUCGGUUUCUUCCACCCAGUCACAGUAUCAAUGUGAGCCAUGCAUAUACGUAUGCCAAGCACCAUUUCUUGGUGGACACACAGGCAAUGGAGAAGCGCAAGUCCGGUGAUAUCAUGGCUAGCUCUACCAUGAGCUUGAGGGGUGGCUUGAGCUAUAGCGAGAUGCUCCGUGGUCAGAUGAACUCAUCGACGGCCAGCCAUGUGCUUGUGUCUGAGGAAUUAUCGGCGUCUUACGUCUCCGUUUCGAUGACUGUCGCUUAUCUCAAGCAUCUCCAGCGCCGAAAUGUCCAACGCAUCGAAGACGCUCGCACAGUUAUCAACGAUAUGAAGCUGCAUAUUCACGCGAACUCAGGCACUAACUCCUCUAGUACUCGAGUUCAAGAGGUGGAAGAGCGGAAGCGCGACGUGGAACUCGAAAUGGCUCAUUACAUGCGUCUUCACGCCUCGUAUCAAGAAAGUCUCAAGCGAUACGAGACUAUGUUUGCAUCGCUCGAAGAUGGACGGGAACAGGGCAUCACUGGGUGUCUGAAACGUAGCAACAUGAAGAAGGACAAGGCGACAGCGUUCAUGGCGACUAAUCUUAACUGCCAUCUAGUGCGUGGACGACGUGUGCAUCUCGCUGGGGAUACCGAUCGUAGCGAACAAGCGCGAAGAGGGAGCUUGACGUCUACAUCGAUGGACGAUGGAUCCGGAACUGAUGAGAGCGACAGUGAGACGUCUCCUACGUCUGAGUUUGUGUACUCAGUGGUGACUCACGGCUGUGCUUCAGCCCACAUUAUGGGGUUUAAAGAAGGUGGACUACGUCGUCUUCAGCAGCAGUUGGCUUCACAAAGUCCCCCAGACUCACGUCUGCGUGAACGUAUUGAGAUGAGAGAAGACGUGGUGCGUUCGCAAGUGCUAGCAAUCGCUGGGGCUUCAUUCCUCAAUGCUGUGGGUCUGGCUGCGACUCGUGGGGGCCAACAUCGUCAACGUUUACAGUUGGCUUGCUCAACUGGUUACUUACUUAGCAUUGAAUCGUUGCUGAGUACCGUUGGCGCUGAAAAGGGAAUGUUGGAGGACAUGUCCGAGGGAGUUCGGUGGCUUAACAGCGUGGUGAGCUUCCAGCUGGUCCAAUCUGCUGAAGCCAAUCCGCACAUGGAGAUGUCCAAGUGUGUGAGUGUGACCAGUACACCGACUGGAGACCAUGUUGUGGUUGCUUUCGCUGUGCCACCUGAGGUGUUCGCAAAGCUUCCAAAUGUUCUGCAGCAAGGUCACGCCAUCAAACUGCACGGAGUGAUGUUCACUCAGGGAAUCAACGAGAUGCAGUCGGUGGCUAACCAUUAUCUCAACUCAAGUCUACAAGACGAGCUGAAUUUUGAGAGUGUGCAGAUGCUGCAGCGGUAUUUCCGAGUAUACCAGACUCAAGUGACUGCUAGUGCCGCUGGUGAUGACAAGAAACGUGAAGCAGAUCUAGCUGAGCUGUCGGAGCUUCAAGCAGAGAUCGAAUCACUCACUGAUCGUCUCAAUAUUCGCACGGAGAAUGUGCAAAAGAAGUAUGUCAACAUUUUAAUCGCGUCCAGCGAUAUUUGUCGCCGUCUCGGAGCUGGACGCACGACAUGCUGCAAGAGCGGAAAGGACCGCACAGCGAUGUCCGUGACGUUGGAGACUUCGCGUUUACUGGUGGAGCAUUUCCACGUGAAACAAGGUGUGCAUCUCUGCAACGCAAUGAGAGAACGCGGCGUGCGUCGCGUCAAUGUACUGGCGAAUACUGGCAAGACCAAGUUCGCAUUCAACUCGUUCCAGCUCAAGUACAUUCCGGACUGCUACAAGCCGCCACUUGCCUGUGCAGACUCACACGUAUCCUCAUAGCACAGAUCGGUUGUGGACGACUUGAAAGGUGGGAUAAGGUUUGACAUAUUCAUGGCGAUACUGUACUCUCUGAGUUAAUAACCCUUUGACUGUCCAAUCUUAUAGUUAAUAAAGCAGUUAUUGUGCCUUCCCAUUGGCUAAAAUUCUAUCUGAUUACAGAA